AACAGUGACUUGUGAGAGAGGGUGAUUGUAUAUUUGGUUUGAGAGAACUUGAAUCUGUGUUAUCAAUCUUUGCAUUAAUUUUGAGAGACAUGGAUCUGGUGAAGGGCUGUCUUUCUUGCUUGCAAAGCCCUGUUGUGCUUCAGCACAUGAGCUUUGUAUUCCACCCCAAAGAGAAAGUUGAUGAUUUGAACAACGCCAUGAAAGAUCUCAUGGCCAAGAAGAGGGAUAUUCAGAGAGAGCUUGAUAAUCCUCAAAACAGGAGGAAACUAUGUAGCAAUCAACUUGAACGCUGGCUUGACAAGGCUGGAAAAACGGAAGAUAAGGUAAAUCAAUUAUUGGAGGAAUAUAGUAAAGGUAAUUGUGAUGCAGGCUCUUGGUUUCAAAUUUGUUAUUCAAGGUAUAACAUUGGCAGUGAAGCUUUCAAAUUGAAAGAGGAGAUAACUCAGUUGACAGCAGAUCAGCCAGAAAUCAAAUUUACCGACAUACCACAGCCUAAACCAGUCCCUGAAUCAUAUAUACUAGUGGGGAAAAAAAAUCAGGUCCAACAUUGA